AUGCCACCAAUUCGCAAUAAAAAUAAGAAAGAUUUAGCUGAGCAAGAGGGACGAAUCUUAUUAGCUAUUUCUGAUUUACAAAAUGGACGAAUCUUACGCGUGGCUCAAGCUGCAAGGAUUUAUAGUAUAUCUCGGGCGACUCUACGAGACAGAUUAAACGGCACUCAGCAGAGAUCUCAAUGUGAGGAGGAAUCGCUUGUUAGAUGGAUCUUAGAUCUAGAUAAACGUGGAUUACCUCCUCGACACUCUCUCGUACGAGAGAUGGCUGAUUAUCUUCUUUUACAACGCGGAAACCAAUAUGUUGGAGAAAGUUGGGUAUACAAUCUUGUCAAACGUCGCCCAGAGAUUGAAUCAAACUUCUCACGGAAAUAUAGCUAUGAGCGCGCCAAAUGCGAAGAUCCGAAGAUAAUCCAAGGAUAUUUUAAUCGCGUACGAGAGGUUAUAUUAGAGUAUGGAAUCUUACAAGAAGAUAUAUAUAACUUUGAUGAGACUGGCUUUGCAAUGGAACUCUGCGCUACGCAAAGGUCAUAA